AUGGCGUCCAACCUUCUGGUGAUAACCAUUUUGUCGGUCGAGAACCUCGGGGCCCACGAUGUCCGCCUCGUCGUCUCUCUCUCCGGCGACGAGAAGCAGUGCACCCCCGUCCACAAGAAACGCAGCACCACCAACCCCUGGUGGGGCCACAGCUUCGAAUUCACCGGGGAAAAGGCCGCGCUUCACGACACCCGCCUCGAGUUCAAGAUCGAGAAGGAGGAGCCCUUCUUGAAGCACACCUUCUUCUGCUGCAUGAAGGGGCCCUUCUUUGGCCGCAAGACUACUUACGUGGUCGGCGAGGUGGAUGUGCUUCUGGAUGGCUGUGCCGGCGACAUGAAUCCCAAGGUGCGGAGCUGCGACGUGUGGUCCUCCUCCCUCAAGAUCGUGGCCGUUCUCAAAUUUUCCUACAAGUUCAGUGAGCCGACAGUCACGGCUACUCAAGCUGCAGCGACGCCGUCUGAACCAUACGUGCCGCCCAUGCACCCCCCUCUGGUUCCAUAUCUGCAGAACGCCGCGCCCAAUUUUCCAGCGGCGGACCCGUACCCACCACCCAUACCCGCACUGCACCAUCAGAUGGCAUAUGUGCCUGCAGGCCCGCCGCCGCCACUGCAGCACCCCGGCUGGAACUUGCUGGGGAGGGUGGGGAUCGCGGCUGCCGUGAACGCGAUAACAAGUUUGUUCGAUAACCUCGGAUUCGAUGGCGGGGAUUUCACCAAUGCCUGGUUUUGA